UUAGCCAUCAAAAUGGCUGUCGCCUUUGGAUCGGGUCAACCGGUGCUCCAAAGGUUGAGUAAGGUUGACCGUUUAAUUCAUUUAAGUAUAGGUGUACCUUAUUUUCUUCCUGUCAAGAAUUAUGUUUCAUGUUUUGUUAAUAGAUUUCCAGUUUCACUGAGUGUUUUAGCGAUUAUUCAUAACAAAGGAAUCAGUAAACACAAAAUUUUACACAAGAAAUCUUAUAUCCAGCAUUUUCCAUUUACCACUCCUCACCAAACGUUUGUAAGCAGAGCAAAGGUUAAAUCGAGAACUAGUUACUAUGACACCCUUGGAGUAACCCCUAAAGUGACCCAGGCCCAAAUCAAAACUGCAUACUACAGACUCAGCAAAAUAUAUCAUCCUGAUCGCAAUCGGGGAAACCCAGCUGUGGCUGGCAAAUUCUCUGAAAUAAGUGAAGCAUAUAGUGUACUUUCAAAUGUUACAUUACGAAAAAGAUAUGAUAACGGUAUUUACAGUCCACGUGAUCUUACACAUGGUGUAAGGAGUAAGCCUCCCUUGGAGAAGGAAAAACAGGAGAAGAAAAAACGAAAUGUGCGGUCUGAAGUGUAUAAUGAACAAGGUGAAAGGAUGUACGAUUUUGAUGAGUAUUUCCGGGCACAUUAUGGAGAAGCAUUGCAACGAGAACAAGAAGAGAGAAAGAGAAGAGGAAACCUUCAAAAAGAAUAUGAAAAUGUGCAACAAUUGAACAAAAGAUAUGUUGCUUUUAUGACAUCCCUUGCUUUCACUUCAAUUAUACUCGGAUUUCUGUUUAUAAAGUAGUGUCAGUUGUUAAUUUUUUAAAUAAUUAUCAGGGCAGCCUAAAGGUUUAAUGAAUAAAGUGGUUAUCUAGGCUAACACUUAAUACAUACUGUAAUUAUGGCUUUCAAAUUUACAAAAAUUUAUUGGGCAUAGUAGGGGUUGCGUUAUAUAUACCUCAUUAGUUAAUAAUAACAUUUCAUUGGUUAAUUCCACAUGGUAAGGAGUGCACUUCUACAGUAACCCUGUGCGUGCCAAAUUACUCGUACAUGAGGGAAAAAGUACUACCCAAAAUAGACUUCGCACCACUUGCCUACUGUACAAUUCCAUGAAAAACCGUAUGCAAACUGUAAUUAUUUACAUUCACAAGUCGAAAGGGCUAAUGUAGAUGAACAGAUUGCUGUUUAAUAUUUAUGAGUUAUAGUAAAACAAUUAACAUGGUUUUAUUUAAGUAAAGCAGUGAAUCCUUCUCUUGAUGAUUGGGACUACAGUACUUCCACUUCAUUUUACUUCCAUGUUCCAGCAACACCUGAGGAGAAGUAGCAUUUACUUGUAAUAUACUACAGUAUUCCCUAAAGUGGUCUCAGACACUGCAUAUUUUAUUAAAUUUUCUAAAAGUGUCUCUGUAUGUGCAGGAGUUCUGAAUUACAUGUAGUCUUAACGACAUAAAAAAUAGAGGAAUGAUUUAGAUUAUAGUUUGAUCAGUCAUUUUAAUAUUGAUGUCGACAGGUGGCACCAGUUGAGUUCUGGGGAAAUUUUUCCUGUCGGACCAUCAUGAACCACUGUCGUCUGAGACAAAAUAAUUAUUUACCGAUCCAAAGUUAUUGUGAAUGCUAUUUUUUAAAUUGUAGUCGAAUAGUUUCUCCCUGUCCCUCAUGUGGGGUUUUACCCCAGAAUGCUACAAGAGGUCCUAGAUGGCCUACAAUAUUUUGAAGCCCUGUCAGCAAUUUCCUGUAGUCCAGGAAUAUUAUAGCAAAUGAUUUUGUGAUGGUACUUCCUGAUCAUGCUGUCAUAAUCUGAUGUUGUAUUCUGUCAUCUUCUCCAUCACCAUUUCAAAUUCAUUUAGCCCAGCAAUUAUUAAUACUGUAGUUUAGUGUUAUAGUCCUAAGGCUUUGAAAGCCUCAAGCUGUUCACUUGGUAGGUUGAACCCUUGAUUUUUCUACUGAAAGCCUAAAAGCAUUACGACACAGGAAAUUUCUCAUGUAGGACAAGCAUGGACCCUCAUCAUUCUUUGCUACAAGUCCCUAAUACUCUGGUCUAAAGCACAAUUUUGGCUGAGGUUCUAGGCAGUCCCUUGAUUAGGACUCCAAGGUGACAAAUUUCUGGAACCGCCACUGCCCCUAUGCCAUGCUUCUACCGUUCACUACACUGUUAUUAUGGAUAGUCUACUUAGUAGGUAUAUUGAUGUCAUUAAGCAACAGCUUUCUUACAAAAUCAACAGACAGGCAACAAUAAGUACAUAGUCCACUGAUUUAAUUCAUUAUCUAUAUACACUGCUCUAGUCUUCCUUGAUAGAUAUAUUACAUAUUUUAAUUAAAUACAAGAGAUGACAGUAAUCAUAAUGCAACUACCUCUUAGGCUAAGUACAUAAUAAUUAACAUAAUAGUUUGUAUAUUUGCCAUGAUUGUGCCCUGAAAAUAUUUGAGAUAUUAGAAUAUGGUUUAAAAUUUAAACUAUAAUGUUAUGAUUUCUAUGUAAUGUAAAUAGUUAAAAUAUUAGUAGUGAUUAUACCUUUUUCACACUAACAGAGUAUCUUUCAACUUUGAACAAUUAGUAACAAGUUGUAACAACCUUGAUAUCUUAAGAUAUUUUCUUUGUUCCACACACACAGUAAUCCAAACCAUGAAAAACCUCGGGAGAAUAGCAGUAGGCUUAGAUAUCUAGGGUAGUCUUUGAGUGCACAACAUUAUUUUGUUUUCUGUUGGCAGUAUGAAUGCAUGGCCAAUGAAUAACUUUGGACACCUCAGAAAAAUAAACAGGCCUCGACGAGGCCUGUUUUUUUUCUGAGAUAUCAAAGGGGUCCCCUGCGAUAUUUCGGAAAGUUUUAUAUGAAUUUGCUUUCGCACUACACAAACCUGGUUACAAUUUGUUACUAGAUGUUACUACAGUACAGUACAGUAUUUGCAAAAUAGUGGCAGUGUGAAAAAAGUCUAAGAAAAAGUGAUGAAUUUUUAUUUUUAAAAUAUAGCAAAGAGUAAAAUUCUUUUCUAUUCUAAAGACAAAUAAUAAUUUUAAGAAUACGUUUAUUUGACCUGAUUGUUCAUUCAAUAGUGCAAUUCCAAUAAAGAACAUGAGUGUCUUAUA